AUGGCCUCCCUUCGCUCAAUCGGGGUCCACAAGCCCUCCGCCCUGCAGUAUCUGGUCCAAGAGUCCAUCCUGACGGACGAUAGCACCGACCGCGACUAUGUCUGGGACACCUACACCGACGACAGCCCCGAUGGCUACACCGACGAGCUCGUCACCACCGAAUACCACGUGAUCUGGUCGCGAGGCGGCGUCAUACGCAAAAUAUUCAACUUCGAGGUUGAGAAAGAGAAGGUCAAGCAGGCGCUAUUGACAUGGUUCUUGGUAGACGAGCCCUCCCAUGGCACCCACGAGCCCACCGACAACUCGUCAGAACACAAAUCUGCCGACCCUGCAAAGAGCUUCCUCACACAAGGGACCCAGCCUGCUACCGAUCCCACUGCGCCAGCCAGUCCCACAACGCCCACGGUGGAGAAGCUAUCGCGUGCUCUUGUCGUCUUCCUGAAGUCGCAAGCACACGUCUUCUUCCUCUCGGGCACCACACACAUCGUAAACCUCCCCUUCGAGGUGGACAAGGCCUUUCCUGCAGCAAGGGGAGUUGUGCUACAGAGGAAGCUUGCUCCUUUGCACCCUGUGCCCACCAGUCCGCAGUUGCCGUCUGCUCCACAGAAUUCCUUCCUCACGAACAACCAGUCUUUCCUCUCACAACAGUUCUCCUUCUCACAGAGCUUUCAUAAACCCCACCGGCGGCAUGGCUCUUCAAUGGGCGCAUCGCGACAUGGUAAAUCUCGCCUGUCGGGUGCAAACACGUUUCUUGAUGAUUUGUUCAACCCUAUUGCGCCUCUAAAUCCAGAGUCGAUACCCAGGUUAUAUUCCUUCACAGACCCGCUGUCGGAGCUGGGACUGGUGGUCAGCGUUGUCACAGGUGGUGAUCGCAGCAGCUUCUUGACCUCCCAAGGCUCAGGUCAUCGACGACUCGAGGCAAUUGACAAAGCUGAGGAGAUCAUCUACGUGUCUCCGCGGAACGAGAUUCUGUUCGAUCGCAGUGGUAAUGACAAGCCUCUUCUACUAGUAGUCACAGCAAACCACGAGACUAAUGUAUUUACCAUCUGGUCCGCGGCCUAUCUUGAGCCAAAAUCAAUAUCAAGUUCUCGCAAACAGCACAUUCCUCUACCAGUAGCCAAGUCUCGACGCCGUAGCUCAUAUGGUGGUACUGCACCAGGAACAGGUGCAACUACGCCAGCAAUUCGUGGAGCUGACAGAUUGAGGGAAAGCUUUGGCGGUGCUCCACGCAGCAAGACUCAACCCCCAUCCUUCAAGAUCACCAAGGAACGUCUCUCUGACCAAGCAGUCGACGACGCUCUUGCCUCACAACUCAAUCCCGAUUCCGACAUCACCCGCCAGCCAAAGGAGUCUAGGCGAGUGAGCUCGCUGUUGUCACGGGCUGAACUCUCAACGAGCUUCGACAGAAGCGCGUUUCAGGACAUGGCAACAUCCCGCACCAGUAUUGGUGGCAGCUUCAAUGCAAGUCAGCGAAGUAGGCACUCACUGGGUCACGAUCGUACAAGUUUUGGUGGCUUCUCACAAUCUCGGAAUCGAGCUUCCACCCCUGGUAGCGUUACAUCCCGAAUGAGCUUAGGUGCUGUAUCGAUCGAUGACACCCUGGACGAUGUCAUGGACGAGGAUACGUUCGACACUAUAGAAGACUACGACGAGCUUGAUGAUCUGUUUGCACCGCCUGAUGGUAAAGGAGGGCCGCAGCCUGGGGAUGGACUCCACAAAGAGCUCAUCAUCAGUGUCAUCGCAGAGCUCCCAGUUACACAAUACCUCAAAAGUGGCCUCUUUGCCCUUGGGAACCCUUCAAAUACUGAGGCAAGUAAGCAUCGUUCCCAGAAAGAUGACGUUACUAACGCUUGA